UUUUUCCCUCCUUCGUUUUCCACUGAAGUGCGUGAAUUUCAUACCAAACCCAUACUUGGCAUUCCACCUUUACUGUCAAACCGGGAGAAAUAUUACUGAAAACAAUAGAGUAUCAAGAUAAAUAUAACUUUAACGAAAUAAACCUCGUCCAGUUCUAUCGGUAGAGGUGUUUCUCAAUAAAGAGAAUCGCCAGAGAGAAACGACACAAGUGUUUGGAGAGAUCUUGCACCUCUUUUUCUACGUUAUCAGUACUUGUGUAGCGUGGGGGCUCGUGCCAGGGCCCGGUAGGAGCCGGCACCAUUGCGUCCAACAAGUGGAGUGCCAACGGCAGCCCGGAGCAGGGGCUGGAGGAUGGGGGUGAUGAGCUGGACAAGGCCAUGGAUGGAGACGCCGAGGGCGUCUGGAGCCCCGACAUCGAGCAGAGCUUUCAGGAGGCACUGGCUAUAUAUCCGCCCUGCGGCCGGCGCAAGAUCAUCCUGUCGGACGAGGGCAAGAUGUACGGUCGCAAUGAGCUUAUUGCCAGAUACAUCAAGCUGAGAACAGGCAAAACCCGCACAAGAAAACAGGUUUCUAGCCAUUUGCAGGUUCUUGCCCGGAGAAAAUCUCGCGAGAUACAGUCAAAGCUGAAGGCCAUGAACUUGGAUCAAGCGUCCAAAGACAAGGCUCUCCAGAACAUUGGGUCACUUUCCUCUGCUCAGAUCGUGUCUCCAAGUCUAAUCAGAAAACCUCUUCCGCCUCUUCCACAAUCCCCUUACCCUCCAACUGCACGGUUCUGGCCGACCCCUAUCCCAGGUCAACCCGGACCCUCUGAGGAGCUGGUUCUUAGGCACAAUCCAGGAAGAAGUCCUGGGCUUGGCCGCACCAGCUACGCCAUCAAGCCAUUUGCACAAACUCCUUACUCAAACAUACCUGGACCUGUUCAACCACCCUUAGCGUAUGAGUCUCUGGCCCCUCCUCUCCCGCCGGUUGCCACCGCAGUGCCCGUGUGGCAGGAUCGCACCAUCGCCUCCUCCAAACUGCGUCUUCUGGAGUACUCCGCGUUCAUGGAGGUCCCGCAGGACCAGGAGUCUUACAGCAAACACCUGUUUGUUCAAAUUGGCCAGACCAUCCCCUCCUACAGCGAUCCUCUGCUGGAGGCGGUGGACAUCCGACAGAUCUACGACAAGUUCCCCGAGAAGACGGGAGGACUCAAGGAGCUGUACGAGAAGGGCCCUCAUAACGCCUUCUUCCUCGUCAAGUUUUGGGCGGAUCUGAACAACAGCGGCCUUCAGGAUGGACCGGGCUCCUUCUACGGAGUCAGCAGUCAGUACAGCAGCUCAGAGAACAUGACCAUCACCGUCUCUACCAAGGUCUGCUCUUUCGGGAAGCAAGUGGUGGAAAAAGUGGAGACAGAGUACGCUCGUGUCGAGGGAGGGAAGUGCUUGUAUCGGAUCCAUCGCUCUCCCAUGUGCGAAUAUAUGAUCAACUUCAUCCACAAGCUCAAGCACCUGCCUGAGAAAUACAUGAUGAACAGCGUAUUAGAAAACUUCACCAUCUUACAGGUGGUGACCAACAGGGAAACCCAGGAGACUCUGCUGUGUAUAGCGUUUGUGUUUGAAGUGUCGACGAGUGAACACGGGGCACAAUACCACGUCUAUAGGCUCAUUAAAGACUAGCCCUCGCCGCCGCGAGACUUCUGUUGCUUUGCACAGUCCCUCCGUCACACGUACGGAGGAAUAUGCCAAAUUGUCCAAACAUCAGAGGAAUACACCAAAAUGUUACAAAAAACCAAAUGUUUUGCUUUUGUUCUAAACCUGGUACAGAAUUUGAGUCUUUGAGGACAUAAAACAUAUAGUGUUACUCUGUAAAAAACAAAAAAACAAAAAAAAACUUUUUAGUAUUUGUUUUUAAAAGCCUUAAAUACAAAAUGGGUCACAUUGGUUUUGUUGCAUAUACAGAUCAUAGAUGUCUUUUGAGCUUUGUUGUGUCUCCACGGAGGGAAUGUGAAUGUGUUUUGAUGGGAAAGAAUGUCAUGAAAGACAAUGUGUGCUGUUUGUAAGUGGUACAUGCAGCAUUUUACAGUGAUAUAAGGGUGAAUCUCACAAAGAAAUGUCUCCUUUUACCCUAAAAUCAGAAAGGAAAUAUAUAUAUAUAUAUAUUGGAUAAAGAAAAUAAAGGCUAUUUUUAGGACUACUUUUGCAUGUUAUUUUCAAGAACCACACUUUUUCUCCCGAAAUUCUUAUUAUAAUGCAAAAGAAAAUUAUAUUGUCAUUACUCUUAAAACAGUUCAGGAUAAAGGCAGUGCUUUUUUGCAUUACAGUAAAAAGAUUUUGGGAAGCAAUGUGAUUAAUGAUCUUCAAUAUAAUAUCGUAAUGCAAAAAAAAGUUAUAAAAAUAAGUUUGUUUUCUUUAUGCAUUUUCUUAAAGAAAAAUGUUAUUGUAUUUUUUUCUUUUGAUUUUGGGGAGAAAUAUGAAAUGGGCGUGUUGUUGCCAGGUUUUGUGAGAUUUAUCUGAUUUGUAAAUGAGGACCAGGUCGGCCAGCGGAGGGUUUACGUUCAUCUUUAUAAAGGACAGACGUACUGCAAACACUGCAGUUGAAGUUCAGGAAAACAGUGCCUGGACUUUAUUUAAUUGAAUAGUUGCAGAUGUUACUUGUUUCAAGAGAAAGAGAGAAAAGGCGUCAGAAACCGUUUUGCAGGUACUAAAGGAUUCUGAGUAGUUGACCCAAAUGUGAGUGCCUUUCUUCAAAGAACACAAAUCGAAUAAUACUCUGAAGUGCCUUUUGACUACCUCUUGACAUAAAAUAGUAGGAAUAGAUAAAGCGAUCAAUUUCUUUAUGUUACAAGGUGACAAAGUAUUUAACUCUGCUGUUCAUCGAAGCUUUCACGAGACGCAUGAACCGAGGAAAGGUCAGAUUGUUUAAAAGUCAAGUGUGAAUGUCACUCUGGUACAAACAAAGUGCUGCCCGUCGAGAUUUUAAACAUUUAACCCUGGAACAAUACCUCGAUGGAGUUUGUUUUAUGUCUUUUUAAGUCAGAGGACGUUGCUUUGCCUGUCGUAUCUGGUGCUUUAUAAACCCUUGAAAGAAUGUUUGCAUUUUCAAGCUGUUUCUUACUCAUGUCUUUCUUUUUUCUUCACCAUCACAAUGUAUCUGCACUGUGUACCUUUGUUUUGUUUUUUUGCAUCAAGUACAUUUACAUGUCAGAUCCUUUAGUUUUGGGUUCAAGCAUCAGUUUUUCUUGUAUUCAUGGUGUUAAAGUGUAAAAGGGAAAGUCAUUAAUGUCACCCUGUACGUCAGCACAGACGUGUUCUUAUAGUUUUUAUGCUUUGUGCAUCUCUCUGAAUCUUUCAGAUGUACAUAAACUUUUUUUAGAACCAGAAUGCACCAGGUGUUCGAAAUGGAAUUACAGAAAUAUGCCAUUUUAACAGUGCUGAUCUGAGAUCAUGUUUUGCUACUACUGAAAAUGUAAUGUUUGUUUUCCCAUUAGAGAACUAAAAACUUGAAUUUUCGACACGAUUCAAUGUUUCAAAGGUCUUUUUUUUUUAGCCAUGCAGCGUUUUUGUUCCACUCGCCCCUAAAAUCGAAAGACGGCACCGUUUGUAUGGAUAAUGUGCUUGGGAUGGUUGUUAGACAUGAGUUGCAGUUUAAGUUCUGAAGGUACUGCGAAUUCUUGGGUACACCUUAAAAAACAGAAAUGUAAUGUAUAUUGGGACAGCCUUCACCUACUUUUUUGUGUUUGAACUUCAGUGACGACAGUUUCCUCAAUUGUAUUUUUUCUUAUAGGUGUUUUUGUUUCCUUUUUAUAAUUAUUGUUGUUAUAAUUAUUAAUUUUAUGUUUGCUCUUCGACUUUCAAUUGAUGCUAUAUGCAUACAUUGAAAAUUUUGUGUGUUACUGUUAUUUCAUGCCAUAAUCUAAGUGGUGUUGGCAAAAGCUUUCCCCUUGUUUUUAACAGUUCAUUGUGGCCUUGGUUACCAGUUGUACAUUGCAGUUAUGUAUAUCUUCAAUGUUAGGGGUUUGUACAAUAUAAUCAAAACAAUGUAUAGCAAUACCAAUAAAAUGGCAUGGGUCUCCUUGGACCGUAUUUCUUAAAACACA